CUUUUUAAACCAAUUGAAAAAUGUCUACUCAGACACACGAUCCCUUCGAAGCAGAGAUUGACAAGUGGAAGACACUGGUCAAGACUACUUCUGAAGAAGGGUCCUUGGUCCCAGUCAUGGACUUGGGCAGGAACUAUGAAGAGAGUAUUAUUUCACCUGGACAUAUUCCUAAGAGAUUAGUUAGGAAGGGGUUUAAGUAUAAAUUGAAAGAGAAAAUUGAAGGAGACAAAGAUUGAUAUGUUUAUCGGUGAGCUGACUAUAAGAAACUCAAGUGUAGAGGGAUGUACAAGAUCUAUGUCAGGAAAGGCAGAAUCAAGGAAAGAAUGUCCAAGGCUCAUAAUUUAUACCAGAACUAUCACACAUUCUCAAUCAAGAAGAACAAGAAACGUAAUAAAAAAGCGUUGAAAUACAAAUCAGAGGAGACGCCUUACAAUAUGAAUCAAUUAAGUCCUACUGUAACUAAUCCACUCUAUCUUAAGCCCGAUCCGAAGCCUGAAGAAGCUCCAAAGAUCGAGAAGGAGGUGGUGCAAACCAUCUGCGUUAAGGAUCCAUUCAUCUUUCUUAGGGAAGGCGAAGAGGCUACCAAACUUGAUACUGAUCAGGAUGGACAAUUUGACAUAGAAUUUAGGAAUGACAAAGAUGUCAAUGAGUAUGACUUUGACACUGCUUCAACACCUUUCUCUGAUAAUCAAGAACUUUACCAGAAAAAUAAGGAAGAAAUGGAGAAGGAGCAGAUAAUCAAUCAGGGAUUUAAAACUCCUGAACUCAUUUUGACGUCUUCAGGAGAGAAAUUUGGUAGAAAGCAUGAAGAGAUCACUAUCACAACUGAAGAAGGAUCUGUUAACGUAAAGCUUACUUACUUCUUAUCAGAACGGAUGAUUAAGGUGUUGAUGGAUAACACUGAGCAUUCCCAAAUAUUCUGAUUCUGAACUACAAGGAUUUCCUCAGCCACAGAAGAUGAGGAGCAAAGCUACUUGAUGACCUUACUGAUAUUUGACAAAAAUAUCUCAAAUUUCACUCCAGCCAUCUUCUGAUAUGUUGAAGGACUUAUUGUCAAUGAUACUUUUCAUGCCAUGCUGAGAUUUAUGGAGGAACAGUUUCCGAAUACCUUCAAGCCGACCAAGAUUAUCAUGGAGGAGUGCACUCCUAUCGAGCUAGUCGAUAAACGAAUUCAAGCAAAUAGUUGCUUAUAUGAUGUAUCCAAGUCAAUCUGGCAGUUAAUAGCUGACUCUCUUUUGUGAAGUGAAGAAGAAAUACUUAGAGAAGACAUCCCAGUCCUCGCCCUACUUAUGAAAUCCCUCUUGCUAUGGGGAGAUGUUGAGAAGAUAGAUGAAAUCAUCGACACUUUUAGUGAAAGCUCAAUUGAUAAGAAAGGCCUCAAAAGAUUAGCAUUGAAUUUUAAGAACAAGUUCCUCUCUGAUGUAUGCAUGUACGUAAGACAUGAAUUCCUUGAUCAGAAAUGAUUUGAGCUAUUCAAAGAAUCAGAAAGAUCCAAGGAGAACUAUCAUUGAACAGCAUCUCUCUUCUUCCCCGGAAAGGGCGAGUAUCUCGACAAUCAAAUAAUUAGCAACAUCAUUAAACUUGAGCAAGAAUACGACACACAGUACCAAAAUUCUCUUGACCCGAUUCUCUGAUACCAAAAGCCAUUCCCAUGGUGGCAAAUCCACAAACAUGUUCUGAGGAUUUAUCGACAACAAGGACAAUCUCAAUGCUAUAAAGACGACUAUUCAUGUCGCUUUGACUUCAGACGAGCGUCUCUUAGGCCAAAACUGCUUUGAUAGUCUCUAUGAGUCUUCAGUGAUGCUAAAGUCCCUGCAGUUAGUUUACCGCCCUGCUUCAGUCAAGAAUCCGCCGUUGACCGAUCUCUUCAAUUUUGAAUUUGACCAAGAGUCUCAGAAGAAGGUCUCUGAAGCACCUAGAGAGACGCUUAAGACUUCUUUUAGGCCUUUU